AUGAUGCACUUGGGUCUCCUAAGGGAAGAGGGCACCGAAAGAAAAGAAAGACCGCCUGCUGAAGUUGACUUAUCUUGGGGUAUAGCACGGAAAGAAUUUUUUGAUAAACUUUUGAACGGUGAAUGGCUUUCUUGUGAGCAUGUAGAUACAGCCCGUUUUCACAUUCGAGAGCAUGCUAUAGAGUUCCCUCUCUUGUUUAGAGAAGAUUUUGCCAUCUUGAACUUGCAUUUCGUCUCUUAUUUGAGAAUGCUGUUUAGAGAGAGGUCAAAGACUCAAAGCUUUGAUAAAAAUUAUCUAAAGCCCUUAGAUAAUUACGCCAGAGGGAUCAACAAUGACCAUUGGCUAGCACUCGAGAUUGAUCUUUCCGGCACAUGCAUUUACGCAUAUGAUAGUUCAACAAGUGUUAUGCGGAAGCCACAAUUUGAUAAAGAGCUGAAGCUCAUUCGA